AUGGCGACCUUUCUACGAUCCUAUUUCCCUAGUAAACCAACCUUUUUGGAGAAGGAUGUACCUAGCCUCAAAGGAAAAGUCUUUGUCAUCACUGGAGGCACUGGAGGCAUAGGUCUUGAAUUGGCCAGGAUUUUAUACCAUGCCAAUGCUAACAAAGUCUAUCUUCUCUCGCGAUCUCCAGAGUCGGGAGAAAUUGCUAUCGAGUAUAUCAUGAAUUCAGAGCCUCCUCUAGGAAUGCGGCCACGGUCCUCACCGCAAAGAGAGGCCCUUUGCUUUCUUAAGCUUGAUUUGGCAGAUUUAUCUAGUGUCAAGGAGACGGCAGAAUCAUUUCUGAAGCUUGAAACGCGUCUUGAUGUCAUCUGGCAUAAUGCGGCAGUUAUGCUGGCGCCGGAAGGCAGCGUGAGCAAGCAGGGCCACGAACUCACCUUUGCAACCAACGUCUUCGGUCCUUACUUGUUGCAACACCACCUCACUCCAAUCAUGCUUCAAACAGCCCGAAAUGCUGACACGCCAAAGGGGUCUGUGAGAGUGUGCUGGGCUGGCUCUGGCACUGCAGUGGCACCUCCGGGACAAGACGGCAUAGUUUGGGAGGACUGGGGAUUGGGCCCUCCGGAAUUUCAGGGCUUCAACGGCCGCACUAUGAGAUACACUCAAAGCAAGGCUGCAAACGCAAUUCUCGCGGCCGAAAUGGCAAAGGUACACCCUGAUAUCAUCAGCUGCGCCUUCAAUCCGGGUGGGAUCAAAACAGACAUUGCCCGCCACGCACCAUGGUACCUUCAGGCGUUUCAUAAUCUCAUGUCUCAUCCGCCGCGAUUUGGCGCAUUGACAGAGCUUUACGCUGGGCUGUCGGAGGAUGUUGCCAAAAGAAAUGGGUGCUUUGUAGUUCCUUUUGGUCAGAUUGGCGGAACUGUUCCAAAGGUGGAAGAAGGAAUCUUGCAAAGGAACUCUGGUGCAAAACUGUGGGAUCUAUGUAAUGAGAAGGUCAGAGACUUUUAUUAG